AUGUCGAGCAUCAAGGUCCCCACCGACUACAACGCGGUGCUGUACAAGACGCUCGCCGAGGCCGACCCCGAGGUGCAGCAGAUCAUCGAGGAUGAGACGUGGCGCCAGUUCAGCGGCCUCGAGCUCAUUGCGUCGGAGAACCUGACGAGCGCGGCCGUCAUGGAGGCCAACGGCAGCAUCCUCACCAACAAGUACAGCGAGGGCCUGCCCGGCGCGCGCUACUACGGCGGCAACGAGCACAUCGACCGCCUCGAGAUUCUCUGCCAGCAGCGCGCCCUCAAGGCCUUUGACCUGGACCCCAAGAUCUGGGGCGUCAACGUGCAGCCCUACUCGGGCUCGACGGCCAACUUCGCCACCUUCACCGCCCUGCUGCAGCCGCAGGACCGCAUCAUGGGUCUCGGCCUGCCCUCGGGCGGCCACCUGACGCACGGCUACUACACGGCCAAGAAGAAGAUCAGCGCCUCGUCGAUCUACUUCCAGUCGUUCCCGUACCAGGUCGACACCAAGACGGGCCUCAUCGACUACGAGACGCUGCACAAGAACGCCGACCUCUUCAAGCCGCGCAUGCUCAUCACCGGCGGCUCGGCGUACCCGCGUGACUGGGACUACAAGCGUCUUGCCGAGACGGCCAAGUCGCAGCAGGCGCUGCUGAUGAGCGACAUUGCCCACAUCUCCGGCCUCGUCGCGGCCAAGGUGCAGAACAACCCCUUCGAGUACUGCGACAUUGUCACGACGACGACGCACAAGACGCUGCGUGGCCCGCGCGCCGGCCUUAUCUUCUUCCGCAAGGACAAGGACCCGGAGGUCGAGGGCAAGAUCAACGCCGCCGUCUUCCCGGCCUGCCAGGGUGGCCCGCACAACAACACCAUCGCUGGUAUCGCCGUGGCGCUCAAGCAGGUGGCCGACCCGGCGUUCAAGGCCUACGCCACGCAGGUGAUCCGCAACUCGCAGGCCAUGGGUGCGCGUCUCAUGGAGCACGGCUACAAGCUGCAGACGGACGGCUCGGAGAACCACCUGCUGCUCGUCGACCUUCGCCCGCUCGGCCUCACGGGCUCCAAGAUCGAGGAGCUCGCCGACCUGUGCGGCGUGACCGUCAACAAGAACGCCGUGGUUGGCGACACGUCGGCGCUUACGCCCGGCGGCUACCGUCUCGGCACAUCGGCGCUGACGAGCCGCAGCAUGAUGGAGAAGGAGAUGGUCAUCGUCGCCGACUUCCUGCACCGCAUGACGCAGAUCGCCCUGCAGAUCCAGAAGGAGGUGGGCAAGAAGCUCGUCGACUUCAAGAAGGCCGCCAACGCGAGCGAGGACGUCAAGACGCUCAAGAAGGAGGUUGAGGCGUUUGCGACGAGCUUUGCGCUGCCGGGCAUCGACAGCAACAACAUCAAGCGCCCCGCUGGCCACUGA